AUGGUUAGCACAAAGAUUCUUAUCAGAAAGGCAAGAAAGUGGCAGAAAUUGGCUGCCAUUGGAAGAAGGAGAAUUACUUCAUCACUUGUUGAUAAAGGGCAUUUUGUGAUCUACACAAUUGAUCAAAAGCGAUUUGUGAUUCCCUUAGCUUAUCUAAGAAACACCAUUUUCGUGGAGCUCUUGAAGAUGUCUGAAGAGGAGUUUGGAUUGCCAAGCGAUGGACCAAUAACAUUACCUUGUGAUUCAGUUGCCAUGAAUUACAUUCUCUCAUUACUACAAAGGAGUUUAGCUAAGCAUUUGGAGAAAGCUGUACUGAACUCUGUUGCAAGCUAUCGCUGUUCAUCAAAUGCUAGUUAUUGCCAUCAAGCCCAUACAGACCAACAGUCAUUAGUUUAUGGAUUCUGAGGAAAUUAUGCUUUGAUAUUGUAAAUGGUUUAUGUAAUAAUAUCUUGUAAAUGUUGAAAUCCACAGUUAAUGAAA